UGCAGGUCAGUCUAGUUCCAUCAUCGACCGCAGUGGGACUGAAUCAAGAUGAGGUCUGUACUUGUCUGCUUGCUGUUGGCUUCCUGCUUCGCUCUCCUCAGAGCUGAGGACGAGAUGGAUGACAUGAUGGGAGAGAUGCUGAUGGAAGAUGAGUACAUGCAAAAAUGCAAGGAGCAACUACAAAGGUGCAUAAAAGGAACUAGUGACGCCGCUGUCCGGAAUAAGUGCUACGAGGCUUAUCGGAAAUGCAUGAGCGACAAUCGACCAAAGCCAUCCUACCGCCCGAGACCGAGCCGUCCCAAACCCACUCUACCUCCUUUCGCGCAAAAAUGCAAGGAGCAACUACGAAGGUGCAUGAACAGAACCAGUGACGCCGCUUUCCGGAAUAAGUGCUACGAGGCUUAUUGGAAAUGCAUGAGCGACAAUCGACCAAAGCCAUCCUACCGCCCGAGACCGAGCCGUCCCAAGCCCACUCUACCUCCUUUUGCACAAAAAUGCAAGGAGCAACUACGAAGGUGCAUGAACAGAACCAGUGAUGCCGCUGUCCGGAAUAAGUGCUACGAGGCUUAUCGGAAAUGCAUGAGCGACAAUCGACCAAAGCCAUCCUACCGCCCGAGACCGAGCCGUCCCAAGCCCACUCUACCUCCUUUUGCACAAAAAUGCAAGGAGCAACUACGAAGGUGCAUGAACAGAACCAGUGAUGCCGCUGUCCGGAAUAAGUGCUACGAGGCUUAUCGGAAAUGCAUGAGCGACAAUCGACCAAAGCCAUCUUACCGCCCGAGACCGAGCCGUCCCAAGCCCACUCUACCUCCUUUCGCGCAAAAAUGCAAGGAGCAACUACGAAGGUGCAUGAACAGAACCAGUGACGCCGCUUUCGGGAAUAAGUGCUACGAGGCUUAUCGAAAAUGCAUGAGCGACAAUCGACCAAAGCCAUCCUACCGCCCGAGACCGAGCCGUCCCAAGCCCACUCUACCUCCUUUCGCGAAAAAAUGCAAGGAGCAACUACGAAGGUGCAUGAACAGAACCAGUGACGCCGCUGUCCGGAAUAAGUGCUACGAGGCUUAUCGGAAAUGCAUGAGCGACAGUCGACCUAAGCCAUCCUGUCGCCCGAGUCCCACUAUUCCAGCCCAGGUGGAGAAGUGCCGGAUGGAACUCAAAGUUUGCUUGAAUGGCUCCAGCGGUGGUUUCGACCGAUUGAAGUGCUUUAACGCAUUCGGGAAAUGCAUUUUUGAGAACAACAAGCCCGUAGGAGACGAGGAACUUGAGGACUUUGACGAUGCAGCCCGCCUAAGUCUACCUGCCUUUGCGAAAAAGUGCAUGGAUACUGCUGCUGUUUGCAGGAAGAAUGCUGGCAAGGACUGGAAUAAGAGAUGGGCCUGUAGACGAGCAUUCGUGAAGUGCAUUAAGGACAGCAAGCCAGACAGUGACGAAGUCUAGAUGAAUUCUUUUGACUUUUAGACGAUCAGUGAAUAAAAUCAAGGAGCAGUCA